AUGAAUCCCGCACACUUACCAAGUAGAGGUUGCUCUGCUCAACAACUUGGCAAUUCGAAGUGGUGGGAGGGCCCUAGCUGGCUAUAUCUUUCCCACACGCAAUGGCCUGCAGCAGCUGACGAAAUUUCCGUUAAUGAAGAGGAAGUAUAUUUGGAAAAAAGAAAACAAGUAGUUAUUUCCAUGGUAAAUAUUGAAGUAACGGAAAUAUGGUGUAAUUACUUUUCAACAUAUAGCAGAAAUGUAAGAGUAGUAGCUUGGAUCCUACGUUUUGUCCACAACGUUUCACAUCAGGAUAAGUUGAAGGGAAAUUUAAUCUGUGAGGAGUUAACAAAGGCAGAAAGUGUGAUUUUUAAGUCAAUGCAAACAACGCAUUUCCAAGAUGAUAAAUUUCUCGCCAAAAUACAAGCUUUUCGAGAUAAAAGUGAUAUUCUGAGAGUAAAGACCAAACUUGUACAUAGUGAUGAGAAUGAGAAUUUCAGAUGUCCAAUCCUUUUACCUGCUAACAGUGUUGUGUUAGAAUUAAUCCGUGAAGAGCAUAUAAAAGCGAUGCAUGCAGGUCGUUCCAUCUUACUCUCAAGACUCAGAGAGCGAUACUGGAUUCUUAAAGCUAAAAAGUUAGUAAAUAAAGUUAUUUCCAAGUGUGUGACUUGUAAGCGUCAUCAAGCUAAACCAGUAGAAGUUCCUUUUGCGCCCCUUCCAAGAGAAAGAGUUACUCAGACAAAAGUUUUCCAAGUGUCUGGUGUGGACUAUGCCGGUCCUCUGUAUCUAAAAUCGAAUGAAAAAGCUUGGAUCGUUUUGUUUACCUGUGCUGUGUACCGAGCAGUUCACUUUGAAUUAGUACGGUCUCUCACUACAGAUGCUUUCAUUCAAGCAUUCAGACGAUUUAUCGCAAGAAGAGGUAGAAUAUCGGUCAUUUACUCGGAUAAUGGAAAGAACUUUGUAGGAGCAAACAAUUAUUUAAAGAAUUUAGAUUGGGACAAGAUUGCUGUGUACUCAACCGCUCAGAAAAUAAUUUGGAAAUUUAUUCCACCCACAGCAGCAUGGUGGGGUGGAUGGGGGGAGCGGAUAGUUGGAAUGCUUAAGACUCUUCUGCGUAGUGUGUUAGGUAAAUCUGUCGUGGAUUAUGAAGAACUAACUACAAUUUUAUGUGACUGUGAAUCGGUUAUAAAUAGCAGACCAUUGACCUACAUUCACGAUAAUCCAUCUGAAUUAGUACCUUUAACUCCGGCAACAUUUAUAUACGGGGAGGGUAGCAACAGCAACGAAACUCCCGAUCUAGAUCUUGUGAAUCGAAUCUCUAUGUUGAAACGCGUAAAAUUUUUGCAAAAAUUACGUGAAGAUCUCAAACAAAGAUUUAGAAAUGAAUAUCUUGCUCAGCUAGUGCACAAGGGAAUAAGAAGGAAUGAUGUAAUAAACAUCGGUGAUAUUGUUUUAAUAGGACAAGAUAAUGCUCGACGCAUAGAUUGGCCUCUUGGAAUUGUCUUGGAGCUUUAUCCUGGAAAGGACAGUAUUCCUAGAGUAGCCAGAUUAAGAACCUCUCAAGGAGAAAGGAUCCGACCUUUCCAAAGACUUUAUCCUUUAGAGCUAUCAGCAAAGAACGAUAUGGAUUUUCUGGAAAAGUCUUCAAAGAAAAUUAACUGGGAAGUUGAUAAUAUUCCCAAGUCCGUUGAUGUGCCUGAUAAUUUGGAAGUGAAUUCUCUUAUCAAAGGCAGAUUGGGAAGAAUCAUAAAAAUUCCACAACGUUUAGAUUUAUGA